UACGCCCCUGCUCUAGCGCUAAGGAGACCCCUGCUGGGCGCGCGAGGCUUUCCUUUCCCCGGCGGCCGGCGAAGAUGGCGGACAUCCAGACGGAGCGCGCCUACCAGAAGCAGCCCACCAUCUUCCAGAACAAGAAACGGGUGCUCCUCGGCGAGGGCGGCAAGGAGAAGCUCCCGCGCUACUACAAGAACAUCGGCCUGGGCUUCAAGACCCCCAAGGAGGCCAUCGAGGGCACCUACAUCGACAAGAAGUGUCCAUUCACCGGCAACGUGUCCAUCCGCGGCCGCAUCCUCUCCGGGGUGGUGACCAAGAUGAAGAUGCAGCGGACGAUUGUGAUCCGGAGGGAUUACCUGCACUACAUCCGCAAGUACAACCGUUUUGAGAAGCGCCACAAGAACAUGAGCGUCCACCUCUCGCCCUGCUUCAGGGACGUCCAGAUUGGCGACAUUGUCACUGUGGGUGAGUGUCGCCCCCUCAGCAAGACCGUGCGCUUCAACGUCCUCAAGGUGACAAAGGCUGCGGGCACCAAGAAACAGUUCCAGAAGUUCUAAGAGUGUCCCCACCCCAAAUAAAGCUAACUUUCUCAUCCA